GGUUCCCCGCCCCAGGCCGCUGCGGCCGGGCGCUGGUGGGCGUGUGGAGCUGGGCGGGGCUGGGUGAGGGUCGAAGGGAGCGCUGGAUCGGUCCCCGCGACCCCUGCUCUGCAGACCCUGCUUUGACAGGAGCCACGAUGGAGAGUAGGUGCUAUGGCUGCGCUGUGAAGUUCACCCUCUUCAAGAAGGAGUAUGGCUGUAAGAACUGUGGCCGGGCCUUCUGUUCCGGCUGCCUUGGCUUCAGUGCAGUGGUGCCUCAUACUGGGAACACCCCACAGAAAGUCUGCAAGCAGUGUCAUGAGGUCCUGACCAGAGGGUCAGCUCCUGCCAACGCCUCCAAAUGGUCACCACCUCAGAACUACAAGAAGCGAGUGGCUGCCUUAGAAGCCAAACAGAAGCCUAACACUCCCCGGAGCCAGGGACUGACCAAACAAGACCAGGUCAUCGCUGAGCGCCUAGCACGCCUCCGCCAGGAGAACAGGCCCAAGGCAGUGCCCUCACAGGCAGAGAUAGAGGCACGACUGGCUGCGCUAAGGGAUGAGCCUCGGGGUUCCAUCCCUUCCACCCAGGAGAUGGAGAAACGGCUUGCCAUAUUGCAGGGCAGAGUCCCACCUUCUCAGAGCCCCCAGCCGGCACACCAGCCACCAGACACCAGGACCCAUGCCCAGGAGGCGCAGGAUCUGCUGACGCAGCUGGCCGCUGAGGUGGCUAUUGACGAGAGCUGGCCACAAGGAGGCCCAGCUGUCUCUGUCCAGAAUGACCUCAACCGGGGGGGCCCAGGACCGAGCACUCACUCUGAGAGGCAGGCUGGGCGGUCCCUGGAGGAGGAGAAGAACAGGCUGCUGGCCGAGGCGGCCAUCGCGCUGCGGGAGGAGAACACCAGGCAGGACAGGAUCCUGGCCCUUGCCAAGCGGCUGGCUGUGCUGCGGGGACAGGACCCUGAUACAGUGACCCUCCAGGACUAUCGCCUCCCAGACAGUGAUGACGAUGAGGAUGAGGAGACAGCCAUCCAGAGAGUCCUGCAGCAGCUCACUGAAGAAGCUGCCCUGGAUGAGGCCAGUGGCUAUAACAUCCCCGUGGAGCCGGCCCCUCGAGCCCAGGCCCACCCCUGCAGGGCAGAACCUGAGGCCACGGCCCCCAGACCUGAGGCUGAGGAAGAGGAGCUCCCCUGGUGUUGCAUCUGCAAUGAGGAUGCCACACUGCGCUGCACUGGCUGCGACGGAGACCUCUACUGUGCCCGCUGCUUCCGAGAAGGCCAUGAUGCCUUUGAACUCAAAGAGCACCAGAUAUCUGCCUACAAGCCGCCACGUGCAGGCCGAGAGCACUGAGGAGACCCUGCUCCUGCGAAGGCUGUCCUGCAGGCAUCCCACAGGCGGAGUCCCCACCUCUGGGCCCAGCCUCGGCCUCUGAUGGAGAGCACGUCAGGCUCUGCCGAUGAUGGGCACGCCCCUUCCUGGCCUCAGUGUUCAUGGAAGGAGGAAAGAUUCCCCACUCAACUCAGUGACUGGAGGAGCCAGAGAAAAGGGAAAGUAGAGGCCCACCGACCAGAAGUCUGGGCCAGAAGGGAGAGGCAUGAUGGGGAAAGGCCAGGGCAGAUGUAAGGGUGAACAUGGACCCUGGUGCAAGGGCCCAGGGCCCUCCCUGGCACUGAGUGGAUCUAAUAAAGUAUGUGGAUUCACUAGG